AUGACGACAGCCACCACGACGCUGGAGGCUCUGGAGAAGCAGGGAGACCAGCUCCGCAGGGUGCAGGGAGACGUUGACGAAGUCGGUGAGAUGCUGGAGAGGGGAGACAAACACAUGCGCACCAUCAAGAGCUGGACCGGCGCCAUUGCCAACAAGUUCUCGAAAACCAAGAAGUACGAACAUGCGGCCAAGAUGGAGGAAAUGACCGAAGAGCAGAAGGCCAAGAGGGCCGAAGAAGAGUUCAAGAAGUCCAGAAGGCAGAAGUUAUCGGGCCGCACCGUCCUCCACCACUCGGGUUGUCCUCCCGAGGUGAAGAAGCACAAGGAAGACUUCAGCCACCUGAGUGAGGACUCGCGCACCAAGAUCGACCAGACGGACAAGGCGCUCGACCGAAUCGACGAAUGUCUGGACCACCUGAAGCUCAUGGCCUUUGACAUGGGCGAGGAGCUCGAUGACCACAACCGCAGGCUGGAGAUCCUCAACAGGGACGUGGGGGAUCGCACCCAGAAAACCUCGGUCCUGGUGCACGACAUCAAGAGGCGUCUCUGA